GAAAAGAUGUGGCUGACAGAUGGUACAGUGAAAUAAAAAAUUACAACUUUCAAAACCCAGGGUUUUCUUCUGGGACAGGUCACUUCACUGCAAUGGUUUGGAAGAACACAAAAAAGAUGGGAGUUGGAAAAGCAUCUGCUAGUGAUGGCUCAACGUUUGUUGUGGCUAGAUAUGAUCCAGCUGGAAAUGUAGUAAAUCCAGGCUAUUAUGAAGAAAAUGUCCUUCCUCCAAGAAAAUAA